CUGCCCUUAGAGCCCGGCGUGGGCACAGCUGCAGCGGCCAGUACAGAGCCACCUCCUGCCACCACCUCCUCUGGACACAGGGCUGGGGCUGGCCAGGGCAGUCCAGGCGGCUGCAGCAUGUGAGAGCCCGAGCCAGCAGGCACCGGGGGCGAGGGAGCAAAGGGAACCUUGCCGGAAGCUUCUCUAGAGGAAGAUGGAGAACCCACUUCUUUUAUUCCCCCAACUCAACAUUUCUGCUUCAAAGGAUAAACCCUAUUACAAAGUCAUGAAAUCAGCGGUUAAGGAAGAGCCAAACAAGGCAAGCAAGCCUGGAGCUAAGCAGAAGAGAAAUAGGCUGAGCCUGCUUCUGCAGAAACCUGAAUUCCAUGAAAGUGAUCACCUUGGCAAACCGGGAAACUUGACGAAAGCAGCAAGCAGUGUGUCUCCUGAAGAAGCAGUGAAAUGGGGAGAGUCUUUUGACAAACUACUUUCUGAGAAAGCUGGGCUGGAUGCCUUCACAAAGUUUCUGAAAACUGAGUUCAGUGAGGAGAACAUUGAAUUCUGGAUAGCCUGCGAGGAUUACAAGAAAAGCAAAAGUGCACAUGAACUUCUGCCAAAAGCCAAGACCAUUUUUGAAACAUUCAUACAGAAAGAUGCUCCAAAAGAGGUGAAUCUGGACUUUCACACCAAGGAAGUCACAAGCCAGAGCAUGGGGCAGCCCCUGCGCAGCACCUUCGACGCGGCGCAGAGCACGGUGUACCGGCUGAUGGAGCAGGACAGCUACCCGCGCUUCCUGCGCUCCGCCGCCUACCUGGGCCUGCUGCAGGGCCGGCCCGCGGCCCGCGCCCCGCUCCGCCGCCGCUCCCGCUCCUUCACCGUCAGCGAUUUCCAGGGCGUGCGGCCGGACCUCACCGUGUGGUGACAGCCCAGCUCAGCCCUCCUCACCCCCCGUGUGUCCCCGUGUGGUGACAGCCGAGCUCAGCCCUCCUCACCCUCCCCGUGUCACCGUGUGGUGACAGCCCAGCUCAGCCCUCCUCACCCCCGUGUGGUGACAGCCCAGCUCAGCCCUCUUCACCCUCCCCGUGUCACCGUGUGGUGACAGCCCAGCUCAGCCCUCCUCACCCCCUGUGUCACCUGUGGUGACAGCCCAGCUCAGCCCUCCUCACCCCGUGUGGUGACAGCCCAGC